AUGCGCCAUGGCGGAAGGCUUUCUGUAGGAUCGCCGCUUGGGCUCAGGCGUUGCACAGAUUAUCUUUCAUUUCAAUUGGAGGAGUGCACGAGAUCGAAGGCUCUUCGCCAAGGGAAACAGAUCCAUGCCCAAAUACUCACGACGCGACUUACCACGGAUGUUGGAGUUCUGGCUUCCAAGCUUGUGGGAAUGUACGCUUGUUGUGGUUGUGUUCAGCACGCAGAGCUCGUCUUCGAGCGGAUAAGAAGUCCAAGUGUCUUCGCUUGGAAUUGGAUGAUAUUGGGCUGUGCGUUCCAUGGGGAGUGCAGGGAUGCGCUUGGGUGGUUUUCCAUGAUGCAGAAGGCUGAUGUAUUCCCAAAUAAGUACACAUUCCCUUCAGUUCUGAAGGCCGUAAUUGGCGUCAUGGAUGUUGAGAAAGGCAAACAACUCCAUUGUAGCAUCAUGACUAGAGGUUUUGAGUGUAUAGUGUCUGUAGCAAAUGCGUUGGUUGACAUGUAUGCUAAAUGUAGGGACCUCUACUCUGCACGUCGAGUAUUUGAUGAAAUGCCUCAAAGAGAUGUCGCCACUUGGACCAUCAUUGUCUGUGGGUAUGCCCAAGCCGGCCUGCUUCAUGAAUCAGGGCAACUGUUUGAUAGGAUGAAAAGGGAAGGAGCGGAGCCUAACGAGUUCACAUGGAAUGCUAUGGUUGCUGCUCAUGCUGAGAAUGGUGACUGUGGAGAAGCACUUGACUUCUUCAACCGUAUGAAGAAGGAAGGUGUUGCGCCGGAUGUGGUUACAUGGAACGCCAUGAUUGUUGGUUUCAACAGGAAUGGAAUGGGAGCUCUGGCACUGAAACUGCUGCGCGAAAUGGUGUCCUUGGGAUUGAAACUGAAUGCUAUCACGGCUGCAAGUGUGCUUCCUGCAUGUGGAGCCAUGGGGAUGUUGUGCAGUGGCAAGCAGCUUCAUUGCGUCAUAUACAGGCAAGGGUUGGAUAGGAACAUCCAUGUAGGCACAGCACUCAUUGACAUGUAUGCGAAAUGUGGACGACUUUCCGAGGCACGGAAAGUGUUUGAUCAACUGCCCGCAAAAACUGUUGCUUGCUGGAACGCCAUGAUCGGGUGCUACGGCAAGCAUGGCAGGGUAGAGGAUUCAUUGAUGUUGUUUGAACAGAUGUUGAAAGCGGGGUUAGAGCCAAGCCAGGUGACAUUUACUAAUCUCCUUUCUUCCUGCAGCCAUUGUGGGUUGGUUGAUGAAGGACUGAAAGUAUUCAGGCUUAUGAGAGAUAAUUGUGAUAUCGAAAUCAACCCGGAGCAUUAUGCUUGCAUCGUCGACCUCUUAUGCCGGGCUGGGAAGCUCACUGAGGCAUGCGAGCUGGUCAUGAGUAUGCCUAUGCAAGUUACUGAGUCUGUUAUGGGUGCAUUCCUGGGAGGUUGCAGGAUUCAUGGAAGAAAUGACUUGGCAGAGAAGUUGGUGAAGGAAGUGGUGGGGGAGAUGGGGACUGGCAAGGCUGCUGCAGGCUUUGUGACCAUGUCUAAUAUGCAUGCAGCUGCUGGCAAGUGGGAGGAGGUAGAGGAUGUGAGGAAAGUCAUGAAGGAAAAGGGAAUUCGCAAGAAGCCUGGUUGCAGCUGGGUAGAGACAGCGAGUCUUGGGCAAGCUGGUUUCGGGGAUCCAUUUAGGAUCCUGGAAGGUUUUACUUAA